AUGAGUCUGAUACCUCAAAAGAAUAGCGAUAUCGCCCAUUCCCCCACCAUGAUUUACUCGGCAGUAAAAUCCUCAACUCUCCGUAGAGUGCGCCCACUUUCCGGAAGACACUCGACCUUCCUUCUGGACCACAAGAUAGGCACCGACAUCGUCUUCCCUACGGCAGGAUUCUGUGCCAUGGCUAUCGAGGCAAUCUAUCAAUGCACUCAGAUGACUCUGCCAGUUGAGGGGGUAACUCGGGCAGGCCAAAUACGCUACCGACUCCGAAAUAUUAGGUUUGACAAGGCGCUUAUCCUCGAGGAGGGCGUGCCAGCGAAACUCACUAUCACACUCUCCCCCCAUCCUAGAACCAAGAAUUCUUAG